UAAAUGAGAAUGCAUAGUCGAAUUGUACGGUCGAUACCGCGGACGCUUGUCGUAAUAUACAUACGUACAUAUUUAAUAUACACCGUAUACAUAGUUUUGCAUAUGUGCGUGUCCUAAUAUAUACAACAUCAAUAGAUACAUGAACAUUGCUUGUAUUAUUACCAUUUGUGGCAUUUUGGAUUAGUCAGUCGGCGAUCUCUCCUCAAUGCAAAUAUUUGUAAAUAUUUUAUUUCAUCCGCAUUCGCGUUCUUGAAAGUGCCAUACAUACAACCUUUAUACAAAAAUACGUAAAUGUACUUUAUGUAAGAUUAUAAAUAUUUCAUAAUUAAUUUGUGCUCGAUUAAUAAAAGGAAUUACGGUAUACAUAAAAUACACACCUUCACAUAUUUCAUAUGGACUAUUUUAGAAUGUUCAUACACGGUGAAAACAAUAAUAGUGUACUAGUAAUUGAAAAACAGUAUACAUAUGUAUGUAUAUCUAUGUGUAUUGCACUCUUCACUCGUUCAAUUGUGUGAGUGUCCCAUACAUACGAGAUCUGAAAAUGUAAUGUACGGAUUAACUCGCGGUUAAGCUAAAACAUUGGGACAUUAGUAAAUAUUCAAGUGAGGAAUUGCAUUAAAGUGAAACAAGAAAGUGAAAAGAAUGCCUUAAUUGCAGUCACAGCUUAAUUAAAGGAGGAAAUGCAAUUAGCACGAAUUUUGGAAGAGAACACCCCGUUAUUAAGUAGUUCCUUCACGUUAUUAACAUUAGAAAUAACAGCGGCAAUAAUAAUUAUACAAAAAAUAGUAAUUUAUCCAUAUCGAAUAAAAUCGACACAACUGAAAAAUAGUAUUUUGCUUGUGCUAAAGGUCAUUGCGGAGCUCAGGCGUCAGCUGGGUAGGGCCUUUGUAUUGGCAAUCGGAGUUUCUGCUUCUGUUAUGGCAUCAAAUGCGGAGGAUCAUCUAGCAGCGCUGAAAAUACCAAUAAUCGAAUCAGCAUUGCCCGACAAAACGAAUGAAGAUACAUACUUGAAUUCUAAGAGUGAUCAUAAUAAACCACCGGCUAAUAAGAACAUUAAAUCUCGAAGUAGCCCCGAAGGAAGCGGAAGAACGGAUCCUAAACGCAAGAAAUUUGCUAUAGGAAAAAUAACAUUAGUAUCAAGAAUAGUAACAGUGAUGAUGAGGUGGAAUCUAAUAAAUAUAUUAAGGUUGAUGAUGAGGUUAGCAAUGAAAACAAACAGAAGCAUACCCUUUCUGCUUCCGCAAAUAGCCUAGACACUUACCGAAGUACAUAUGAUGAUAGUUCGCUGAUGCAAAUGAAUGGUAAGAAAAUAAAUAACUAUGCAAAGAAAGUUAGCAGAAUCAGCGGCAGUGAUGCAGGGUCAACGAGUCAUCACAUUUUACCCGCAACUAGUACGGAUUCUGUUGAGGUUGCUUCGGAUCGCAUAGAUGCACUUACAACUAUUGAAAAAGAAUACAUUGCCCCUGAACAGGCGCUGGUGACAAGUGUUGAAUUAGUUGUGCCUGCGUUAGUAAUUCCUCCAUCAAAUGCAUUAUCUUCAAUGGAUGCUGAAAGCUGUUUAAUGUCCACAUCACAGAAUAAGAAGAGUAAAUUACCCUAUAACACUGAUGCCAUUUUUAUUGAUAAAACCAAUGGUUGUGCCACAGACUCCUCCUCCGUCACCGAUUUAAAUGUGAGAAGACUUCCUGAUAAUUUAGCAAUAACUACAACAACAACAACGGGUGAUAUUUUGACACUAGAUUUGGGUUCAGCAACAACGACUACAGCAGCAGCAGUAGCAGGAACAACAACAACAAUAUGGGCUCCACAUGGGGCAUAUGAAAAUAAUAAUGAUAAUGUGUAUGAGAAACAAGACCGAUUACAUCUCAGCGCUGAAUCCGGUGGCCAAUAUUUUCCGCAUGCCGAUAUUUAUCGCACUCAACAACAACAACAAUUGCAUCAUCACCAACCACAAAGAGACACACAUCCUGCCGAACUUCUAUUGCAUAUUGGUGCAAAGGAAGCACUUGGAGUUGGCGUUGGUUUUGGACAAAUGAUUCCAACACUGCAACAUCAUCAUCAUCAUCAUUCAAAUCAGCAUCACACAUCAUCAGCACAUCAUCAUUAUGAGCAGCAACAGCAUCUAAACCAUCAACUUCCAAAUAAUAUGUAUGCCGAAAUGAUGCAACAACAACAGCACAACCAGCAACAACACUCUCUACAACUGUCACAUCAACAACAACAACCACAACAACAUCAUCUCCAUAGUUUUAAUGAACAACCCAUGCACUAUGCCAAUUACAGUCAGCAUUAUUCCCAUGAACCACAAGUAUUUGCCAUGCAACAUGCUCAUCCAAAUCAGUCGCAUCAAGAGCAGCAACCGCAACUCCAUCCGCAGGAGGAUCUCCAGCAGCAUACGGUACAGCAAUUACAGGAAACAUAUCAAGAUAUGAUUAUGGACGACUUCCAUGAGGAUCGUAGCUCAGCUUACAAAUUAACGCUCUCGCCAAAUAUUGCCAAGCCAGAGAACCAAGAUGAUGGCUAUGAAACAAGCGCUGGAGAUGUUCUGACGCCAAAUUCACACAGUUCAUCAAUUCAUUCGAUAACACCGCAGCUUCAAAUGCACCAUACCAAAACCAUAAGCACAAACAGCGCAGGCAUUGUUAUGAUGACUGGCAAUAUAUUGGCCAAUAUGAAACCGAAGGAAAGAAAGAAACACGAUCGUUUCAAUGGCAUGUCCGAAGCCGAGGUCAUUAAGCGAACCAUACCUGACCAUCUUUGUGAUAAUCUCGAUAUCGUUAUAGUGGGCAUCAAUCCUGGUCUGUUUGCCGCUUACAAAGGUCAUCAUUACGCCGGGCCUGGAAACCACUUUUGGAAGUGUCUCUAUCUGUCGGGCCUCACACAAGAGCAAAUGUGCUCCGAUGAUGAUCACACAUUAUUGAAACAUGGCAUAGGGUUUACCAAUAUGGUGGCGCGAGCCACAAAAGGAUCUGCUGAUUUGACACGCAAGGAAAUUAAAGAGGGAAGUCGCAUUUUGCUGGAGAAACUGCAGCGAUAUCGACCGAAAGUGGCAGUUUUCAACGGGAAGUUGAUAUUUGAAGUAUUUUCAGAAAAGGAAUUCCAUUUUGGUCGUCAGCCUGACCGUGUCGAUGGUACCGAUACCUAUGUUUGGGUAAUGCCUUCGUCAUCAGCACGAUGUGCACAACUGCCGCGAGCUGCUGACAAAGUGCCAUUUUAUACAGCUUUAAAAAGUUUCGAGACUUUAAACGGUCAAAUUCAGCACAUGGACGACUCCGAAUGUGUGUUCACGGAGCAAAGGAUACGACAAUGCUGCGAACAGCAGGAUCAGCCUCUCAAGGACAAUCCUUCCACGAAUUCGCAACACAAUUUCAUAGAUCAACAUUCUAAUCAUAUGUUUGCUGAUAAUAUUGGUGUUGAUGGGAGUAAUACAAAUAAUACUGACGGUGGUGGUGAAUGUGGCAAUAUUCAAUUUAACAAUCAAUUGACGAAUGUGAUUACCCAAGAUGGUUUUAUUUACGGUAACGAUCAAGGGCUAAGAAAUGCAUCAUCCUCACUUGGAGCACAGCAGCAACCAAACUACUUAGCCAUUUUAUCUAACCAUCCGACACCGGAAAAAAACGUGGGCGACCAAAAAGAUAAAAGAACCAGAUCUGGGGAUUUCCGAAGCUCAUAUAGUUGUAGGGUCAAAAGCAGGGGUGGUGGUGGCAUGUCCACAAUUCAUUCUCUGUCUAUGGAGCACAGCACAGAGUCACCCCAAGGAAGUCAUCAGGCGCCACCAAGCUUAUAUAAUACACCACCGCCAUCGCAUAUGUUAUACACAGCAUCGGCAUCGCCAAUGGCAUCGCCCGCCCUCAAUUGUAGCAGCUACUCGCAUUCGCAUGGUACGCCACCCGUCGUUGACAAUCAACAGAGUCAAGUGAAUGCUGCAGUUUCCAUUCGGGAUCAGCAAACGCAUCUGUGUGAGACGCCGCCACCCAGCUCACCAAAUCUUUGCACAGUAGUUGAUUUUGAUCCUCCAAGCGAGCGAUGUAACGGUGGCCACGAUGCAAGAAUUCUUCCGAUUGCAGCGACUCGUGAGGCAGUCGAUGUAAUUGGUGCUCAUCAGCAGAGUCAGCAGGAACAUUAUCAGCAAUGGCUAUCGUCCAACCAGCAUCAUCAGCAAUCUCUCCAGAAAUCUAUGCAAACCACAUCGCAGUCUUCGUCUGACGUCGUUGCUCAUUAUUCGCAGCCAUCUGCAAUAGGGUCUUCGGUGUCUUAUCAGCCACAGGCGCAGCUCACGCCCCAGGCAACCGGGGAACCAGAUUGGCAUCGUUACGAAACAAAUAGAUCCUACAUGUUGCCCUCACCGCAUCAACAACAACAAGAACACCAGAACAUUAAUUUAAGCACACAAUUAAGCAAUAAUCAAAGCCAGUUUACAACUGAUGUCACACAUAAAAGUCUUUCUGGCUUAGAGUCCCUAGUGGAUCAAAUACCAGCAAUAAGUGAUCACGAAUCGAACACAAUAUCAACAGCAACGGCAGCCGCAGCAGCAGCGGCAGUCGAAAGUCGUUUGCUAGGAUUGCAGCAACAGCAGCAGCACCAUAAACGUUGUCUGCCUGUUGACAACGAAGAGUCACCCGCGCAGCAAUUGGGCAAUGACAAUAAUAGCAACGAUAGCAAUGUCAUAAGCAAUAACUUCUCAGUAAGCAGCUUAGCUGCCUCAUCUGCGACGAGCAACGAGCACAACCACAUGAACAAUCAUUACAAAAUAGAGUCAGCCAACUUAAACAACCUGAACAUAAGCAGUGGUAGCAGUGAUGCUUACCCGUGUCAUAGUUCAACUAGUUAUUCGCAUUCGCAUACAAAUCAUUUGAUCAGCGCUGCUUUGGCAGCAGCAAGUCAACAGCCAACGACGCAACAUCCUGUUCCAUCACAUCCACAUCCCCAAAUGUAUGUAGAUCAUGCGCACAUCACAACAAUGUAUGCUUCACCUUAUGGGCCACAGCAUACCACAGCAACAAGCCAAGACUACGCAAGUCAUGUGGCGCCAUAUGGCACAAUGCCGAGUGCUGCAGGUCAAACAUUGCAUGUGCCUAGCCCCAACUAUGCGUACGCCCACUACGGCCACACCACAACGCCACAGGCUCAAUAUCCAGGAUUUUCACAUAGUCAUGCACAUCCCCAUACACAUCAUCACCAUGCUCACCCACUUCCGCAUCAUGGCCAUGCAACGCAUCACUUAACCGUAUUUGAGCGACUCAAGCCGUCCGACAUUAGUGGCUAUAGUGGAUUCUGAGGACAGAAUUAAAGGGAAACACAACACAAUUAUACAUUUAAUCAAGAUGAAAACGCACAAAUCUAUCGCAUUCGAUAAAUAAGCAAUGUCAUAUAUGUACUUGCAAUCAUGUGAGUGGGCUUUCCUGGUUAUGUUGUGUAUUUUGAGCUUAAUUUUCAUUCUCUGUUUAUAUGGGUAAAUCCAUGACGGAAUUUGUACCGUGAGAGGCUCUUUACAUUGAAAAUAACAUAACCUGAAACAAUUUGAAAAAUAAGUGAAUGUUAUUCUUACAGCUUUAGAUAAGUUCUAUAUUUAGAGCUAUGAUUGAUUUUAGGAAUUUGUUCUGUUUUCCGAUAAAAUAUAUAAAUUCCAUAAUUUUUUGGUUUGCGUACGAAUUUGUUAAUUUAUGCAAUUAUAAGAACAAAAACAAAACAGAAAGAAAAUUCCAAAACUAUUCUUAGCUCUAAGUACUCAUCUAGAGCUAUAAACAUAACCCUUUCUUAUUUUUAAAAUUGUUUCAGUUUAUGUUAUUUUCGCUGUAAAGAGUCUCGCACGGGACAAAUUCCGUCAUGGAUAUUUUACAUAUGGUAUGUCAAAAUUUGUACCACUGGUGUCUGGCUAUUAUUUGCCGCAUCAUUGACAUCUUAAUGACAGUCUCGUCUUGACGACGCUCUACUACUUUAGCGAUGUCGCUCGUUUUUACUUUUUAUCGAAUAGUAUAUAUUCUAUCGAUUAAUUAAGAUAACCAAAUACUCCGCCGAAUACGUAUAUACAUUUAUUUUAUAACUAUACAGAUCGAUAAACGGACAUUAUCAUUAAUCACUUGUAUAUGCAUCAAUAUAUUAGUUAAUAUUAGAAUUAUACGUAUAAUAAUUUGCUCUAUGACGUACAUACGUACAUAAGUGAAAGAAGUCUGCAUAAUAUGUAUGAAUCUUAUCAAUAAAAUUCAAUUUACGUAAGCAUCGUAAGAACAUCCUUAUAGUAAAUAGAUACAAAAAAUACAUUAUCCGAUUUUUCAAUAGACUCUAAGUGAAGAGAAAAAGCUAAAGCAAAACAAAAGCUAUGUUAAUACUAGCUAGUUAUUCUAGUACCUAGAAAGUUAAUUGCAAACUAGAGACUAAACAAAGAGAUGCAUUAUGUGUUUUACUUUUCAUUUAUUUAUUUCGCUUUUAACAGUUUGAAUUGCAAAGCUUGGUUGCUUCUUAUUGACUUCUAAAGGGAUUCGACCUAUUAAUAAGCUUUUGAUCUCAGACGAUAUUUUUUCAGUUAAAUCCGUAAAUUAUGAAAAUUUAUGAUAACUUAAUAAAUUAACUUUUAUGAACCAAGUAAUAUAUUAAUAGGUUUCUUUGAAAGUGCUGGUGAAAUACCAUAAAAUUCUCCGAGAUCAGCUUUAACUGGUUUAUAAUGAUACUACUACCAUUUAUGUAACGUUCUACUUACUAUAUGUCAAUGAUCAUAGAAAAUGCUUAUAGAGUUCAUUGAGAUAAUAUUUGAAUGUAAUAAGUAUAGUAUUUGAUACCGCGAUAUUUUCAAAUGAAUAUGUAGCAAAAUUAAGAAUAUUUUGAUACGUUGAAAUUAUUUGCUGAUGUUCUUUUUAUAAAUGAAUACGGUGCUAAAAUUAAAUUUUUUUUGAGUUUUUAUGCAUUUGUACAUACAUACGCACACCCAAAGUUUUAAUGUAAAAUGCAAUAUUCUAUAUUGUCAAUACUUGUCUAAACUUGCACAUCUUUUGCGCGUGAUUUAAUACGGCAUAUUUAUUAAGAUAUCCAUAGCAUUUAAUUGUUCUGUAUUCUACUCAUUGUUUUUAAUUUCAGUUUAAUACAUGAUUUGGGUUAUUUAAAUUUGAAAUUUCCUACUUAAAUGGUUUGCAAGAGGGAGUAACAUCGAAGUUAUUAUGCUGUGCUAAAAUUAUAAACUUAUUAUAUUCAUAUAUUUAUAUAUACAUAUAUGCAUAAUUAUCUAAGUAUAACUGAACGAAUUUGAUACUAAUUGGGUAAUAAUACUAUAAUACAUAUUAUAAAUCUUUUCAUAGGUCCUUCUACUCAUAUGUAUGUGAUUAUAUAAGUAAAAGGAAUAUAUAUUUCCCUUAUUAACAACUCAACAAAUGCAUGAGUUAGUUCAAGUAUGUCCCGAAGUUAUGCGCGUUUUAUUAUUUAAUAGUGUAUUUUAAUAUUCAACUUGCACGUUGUCAAUAAGCAUAUAAAAAAUUCUAUGUAAGUCCUUGAUCAUAAAUUUAAAUUGGUUAUACUAAAUAGUAACGGAAGUCUUUCAAUAAAAAAAUAUAUGAAUUAAAAGUAAAUUAAACCAAUUUAAGAGGUGCAAUAAAUGAAAUACAAAUAUCUAUA